AUGUGAUCACAUGAUUCCUAGUGUCACCUGACAGUUGGAGUCCACCCUGUGCUGUGCAGUCGGAAGCUAAGCUAACUGUUAAGAUGGACUGAAUGAGUGAAAACUAAAGUAUUCUCCUGUUUAUGUUGCAGUGUCACAUCUAGUCGACAUCUCCCUGGUCACCGCAGACGGAUGCGGCGACAGGAAAUGCGCUGGUGAGCCCUGGACGGAAGUAAACAGUGCUAAGCUAGCUAGCUAGUUUCGCUAUGUCGUCUUAGAACUGACUCGUCUUCUGCCCCGAUUUUUCAUCUGGAGACGACUUUAUUUAAAGGUGUAGAAAUAAGGUGAAGAUUCAACCAUGGCUUCAAUUCUCGACGAGUACGAGGACUCGCAGAACACGAGGCAGAGUGCGCAGCAGCACAGCCGCCUGUCAAGUGCCAACAUCGGGAUAACGCACUCAGGCUUUGUGAACGUGAGACUGGAGGAAGAGAAGCCGAUAUUCAACAAGCAGAGGAUCGACUUCACACCCCCGGAGAAGAUAAACCAUCUUGCAGUCUGCAACAAUCAGCUGUGCAUGAGUCUGGGGAAGGACACCCUGCUGAGGAUUGACUUGGCCAAGCCAGAUCAGCCUAAUCAGAUCGAAUUGGGAAGGAAAGACGACAGCAAAGUGCACAAACUGUUCCUGGACCCCACAGGCUCCCAUGUGCUGAUCAGCCUGAGCACCAGUGAGUGUCUGUACCUCAACAGGAACACGCAGAAGGUGCGCAGUCUGUCCCGCUGGAGAGGCCACCUCAUUGAGAGCGUUGGCUGGAACAAGCUGCUGGGCAACGAGACCAGCACGGGACCCAUCCUGGUUGGCACCGGUCAAGGCAUCAUCUUUGAGGCUGAGAUAUCCGCAAGCGAGGGCAGCCUGUUCAACACCAAUCCAGACCAGUACUUCAGACAGGUCCACUCUCUGGAGGAGGAUGGGAAGCCAGCACCCAUCUGCUGCCUGGAGGUGGAGCGCGGCCUGGAGAACAAGUACUUCAUCAUCGCCACCACACGCAAACGCCUGUUCCAGUUUGUGGGUAAGAUACCCGAGGGGUCAGAGCAGCUGGGCUUCAGCUCCAUCUUCAACCAGAACCAGGACCUGCUGCCCAGUUUCCAGGAGUUCCCGGCCAACAUGGGCUACAGCGAGAUCACGUUCUACACCUCGAAGCUGCGCACUUCCCCCAAGGCGUUUGCCUGGAUGAUGGGUAAUGGAGUUCUUUAUGGUCAGCUGGACUAUGUGAGGCCUGAUUCCCUGCUAAGUGAUGUGCAGGUAUGGGACUACACCCCGGACAUUGACCUUACUCUCAAGAAGCCCAUCUCCAUUGUGCUGACACAGUUCCACUUCCUGUUGUUGCUCCAUGACCGAGUCAAGGCCAUCUGCACUCUGAAUGGACAGGUUGUUUACGAGGAUGUGUUCCCAGAUAAAUUUGGCGCCCUCAAGAGGAUGAUUAAGGACCCAGUUGGUGGGUUGGUGUGGAUCUACACCGAGCGGGCAGUCUUCCGCUAUCACAUCCAGCGCGAGGCCAGGGACGUCUGGCAGAUGUACAUGAGCAUGAAUAAAUUUGAUCUGGCCAAGGAGUACUGCCGUGACCGACCUGAGUGCAUGGACAUGGUACUGGCGAAGGAGGCUGAGCACUGCUUCCAGAAUAAGCGAUACCUGGAGAGCGCCAAGUGCUAUGCACUGACACAGAACUACUUUGAGGAAAUAGCGCUCAAGUUCAUCGAAGCCAAACAAGAGGAAGCCUUGAAGGAGUUCUUACUGAAGAAACUAAAUAACUUGAAACAGAGUGAGAGAACGCAGAUCACCUUGCUGGUCACCUGGCUAGCAGAGCUCUAUCUGAACAGUCUCGGCCAGCUGGAGAGUGACGGUAACAGCAUCAUCUUCCAGGAGACCCGUGAUGAGUUCCGCAACUUCCUCAGCUGCUCCAAGCACAAGGAGUGCCUGUUCAACAACCGCAGCACCAUCUAUGACCUGCUGGCCAGCCACGGCAACGUGGACGACAUGGUUUACUUCUCCGUCGUCAUGCAGGACUACGAGAGGGUGAUUUCCCACUACUGCCAACACGAUGACUACAGCGCCGCUCUGGACGUGCUCUCCAAGCACUGUGACGAGAAGCUCUUUUACAAGUUCUCCCCCGUCCUCAUGCAGCACAUUCCCAAAAAAGUGGUCGACGCGUGGAUCCAGAUGGGCAAGAAGCUGGAGCCAAAGAAACUCAUCCCGGCCCUUAUGAACUACAGCCAGAUGGGCAGCACCCAGCAGAUCAGUGAAACCAUUCGCUACAUGGAGUUCUGCGUCUACGAGCUCAAUGUGACAGAGGAGGCGAUCCACAACUACCUGCUGUCGCUCUAUGCCAAGUACAAGCCGGACUCUCUGCUGGCGUACCUGGAGCAGGCAGGUAAACACGCCUCAGAGAUACACUAUGACCUGAAGUAUGCUCUCAGGUUGUGCGCUGAACAUGGCUACCUCCGCGCCUGUGUCCUGGUUUAUAGGAUUAUGGAACUGUAUGAGGAGGCAGUGGAUCUCGCUUUACAAGUUGAUGUAGACCUGGCCAAGUCAUGCGCUGACCUGCCUGAGGAUGACGAGGAACUGAGGAAAAAGCUUUGGCUGAAGAUCGCCCGGCACGUUGUCCAAGAGGAGAAAGACGUGAAGAAGGCCAUGAACUGCCUGUCCAGCUGCGACCUGCUGAAGAUCGAAGACAUCCUGCCCUUCUUCCCGGACUUUGUCACCAUUGACCACUUUAAGGAGGCCAUCUGCAGCUCCCUGCAGGAGUACAACCAGCACAUCGAGGAGCUGAAGCAGGAAAUGGAGGAGGCUACGGAAAGCGCCAAGCGAAUAAGAGAAGACAUCCAAGAAAUGAGGAACAAAUAUGGUGUGGUUGAUUCCCAAGAGAAAUGUGCUGCCUGUGACUUCCCGUUGCUCAACAGGCAGUUCUAUCUAUUCUUGUGUGGACACAUGUUCCACUAUGACUGCCUCUUCCAGGAAGUGACUCCUCAUAUGUCGACCUACAAGCAGGGUCGCCUGGAGGAGCUUCAGAAAAAGCUGUCCGCAACCACGCAAACGUCCAAGUCUCGCCAGCGCGCGGCGACCAAGGACGAGGGUGACACUUCCAGCCUGGGAAAGGGCAAUGCGGGCACGAGCCGGGAGCAGAUAAAAUCAGACAUUGACGACAUCAUUGCGUCCGAGUGCGUGUACUGCGGCGAACUGAUGAUCAAAUCCAUCGACAAGCCUUUCAUCGACCCACUUAAAUUUGAGGAGGAAAAGUCCAGCUGGCUAUGAAUGAGUGAAUCUUUGUGUCAAUGAAACCGCAUCAUCCGUAGGGCAGACCCGUUCAGGGGUUCCACUUACUGCACAGUGGGAAUUCCUACUGUUGCAAACUGCACGCUUCAGUCUCUCUCUACACAAUAAACCUUUUUUGUUGGUCAUAUUCGAAGCCGACUUUAAGACCUUUGCACUUUGUAUGGGAGCAUUUAGUGAAAUGUGGACAUGAAUUGAAACUGUGGGCUAUGAGUCACGAUGAUGAUGAUAUUAUGUGAAACAAUAACGCCAGGGCUGUACAGUACAUACAUGUGCCUGAACCUCUGAAUAUUGUGGUAGAAAAAGAUUCAGAUAUGACUGCACUAUACAUUUACGAACUACAUUAGCUUAUGCACUUGUUUGGUCCAUUUAAAACAUAACAUGCACUUGGACAAUGUCUGUGUCGCCUUAGCUGAGUUCAUCAUCUCCGAUCUACAGCUCUGGGUUCAUGUUGCAGUCAGUGCGAUAAAUUAACAAACUGUUGUUUCAUAUAUCUGCUGCAGCUCAGUUGUGGCACAUUAAAGCUUGUCAAUACUCA